AGAAAAUCAAAUAAAUUAAAAUUGAAGCUUUCACAAUGAAUGAGCAUGGCUACAAAUUUCUUUGAUUCUCUUUAAAAUCUUCAACCUAAAAUUAUUAUCUACAAUAAAGUCAUGGCUUUACGAAAAUAAAUAAAAUUUUAAUAUCUCAUUAAAUCUAACAGGAAUGUUUCAUACUGAUGGAUACCACAACAUAUCUGAUAUGAAAUUGACGAACAGCGCAUCAGAUCAAAAUGUCUACUUCACAUACGUGUGCCUGAUCAAUGAAGUAAAUCCAUCUUUUAGCAAAAACGAUAAUGGGAUGAACUCAAUGGACCACGGACAAGACCCACAAUCAAUCCGUACUAUUGAAGCGGACGAUGAAGAUGAUGAAAAAAAUGCUUCCAUAAAAGUAGAGAGAUCAAAAGCGUUACACGAGCUUGUAGAGUCCCAUCGCAACGAAUAUCAUCAAGGAAACAAAUAUAAUGCAUCUCCCAAGUUGAAUAGAUUUGAUGAGGACAGCGAUCCAUCAGAUGAUGAAGAAUGCAGAGAUUUUCCUAAUCCAAAGCAGUUAAAAUUGACAAAGAUGAAGUGGCUGAGCGAGGGUCGAGAAGGAUCAAUGGAUUCUAGUUCACCAUCAAUAUCGCCAUUCUAUUCAAGCAGCUCCCUGGACAGCAGAGAAUCGGAUGAUGUUAUAGGUCAACAAAUGAGUUUUGGAGAAAAAUGUCUUUCGACUAUUCUCAAAUUAGACCGAGAACACAAUAUGUUUGGUUUAUCAAAUAUAGCUAUUGUGGGAAAGAAAAUAUCUAAAAAAAAUCGCAAAGAAGACGAUAAACCUGUAUUCCCGCAAACGGCAAUAAUUCAGAUUUGUUGUGGAAAGAAAUGCUGCAGAUAUAGAAGUAAUACUGAUCUACCUUCAUCUUUAAAAUGUGGGGGUUGCCGAAGUUGCUGUUUUGAUCCGUGCUGCGCUAUUUGCAGACCAACUUGUAGACCGACUUGCAGACCAAUUUGCAAACCCGUUUGCAGACCAAUUUGCAAACCCGUUUGCAGACCAAUUUGCAAACCCGUUUGCAAACCGGUUUGCAGACCAGUUUGCAAACCAAUUUGCAAACCAAUUUGUAGACCAAUUUGUAGACCAAUUUGCCGACCAAUUUGCAGACCAAAGUGCAAACCGAUUUGCAAACUUACUUGUGAAGAUCAACCAUGUAUAGGGACGUGCUAUCAAUGCCCAAAAGACAAAUGUUGCUGCCAGACAUGUCAACCAUCUAAGUGUAGAGUAGACUGUUCCACCUGUUAUGGAAUGAAGAUUACUUAUAAAAAGAAGCCAACAUUUGAGCCUUCACCUUGUGAACUUACGCCAAGAUCUAGUUGUAUUCUCCAAAUACCAAUGGUCGCCCGUUAUUGCACUCAUAUACCUCAAUGUGUGCCACCUUCAUCAUGCUUUCCUUACCUGAUGCCCUGUUAUUGGCCGUCUCGUGCCGGGGCUCCGUGUAACAAUCCGACUCAAUGCUUUCACAACCCACCUUGCAGAGGACCUCGAAGAAGGAAGACCUGUAAACCCAUAGAGGAAACCUGUCCACCGUCUGGGAAAUGUACAGAUGGAUCUGAAAACGCAAAAUGCCCGAAUGCAACAUGUCCAGGAAAUAAUCCAGCCAUGAAAGAAGCUAUAGAAAACAGAUUUGGUUCGAAAAAAUAGAUCGCCAUGGUUAAAUGUUCGCAAUGCCAUGGUUCUUGUUCGUGUUUACAGGUAGGAGCUGUUUCAUUGGAGAAUAUAUUUAAAGGGAGAAAGACGAAAGAG